AUGCAAUCUUUUCUGCAGUACAAGAGAUUCAGACACGCCGUCAAGGCGCAGUUGGAGCGCAAACGAGCACUCGAAAACACAUCAGAAAAGCACGAUGAUGAUCAGACCCUCGUCAGAGGCAGCUUCUCACUGGCGCCAGGGUGCGGCGUAGAUACUCAGGGAGACCUGGAACGCGGAGCUCGCGCCGAAGGUCGAGAGUAUCCAUGCCACCCAUCUGACCAUCUCCACGCGCCUCACGGGUAUCGUCCCGGCGAGUUGACUGAACGCAAUGAUAUGAGCGUGCCCCGCCAAGUUGACCAGACCAUGGCUGCCACGAAUCGUCCACAGGAAGAGAUCGAGCCGCGCUAUCGACCUUCCGAGUCCGAUCAUGAGGACGAGGAUGGCCAUGGAGACGCAGGAGAAGGGAGUAACGGAGAUGGGCUCUCCCGUCAAGAGAGCAACUCCGAUGCCUCCCUCGCUCAGCUCACGACGCAAGUUACCGAGGGCACCCGGCUGGGACGGCGAUUGACUGGCAUCAAUGUACGCCAACGCAACACCAAGGAGGGCGGGGACGGCAACGUCUUUGUAGUGGGAUACGAGGGUGAUGACGAUCCGCUCGACCCGCACAAUUGGUCCUUUGCCACUCGGCUCAAGUGUACGCUGAUCUUGGCGGCCAUUGGUUGCGUCGUGGGUAUUGCGUCUUCCAUUGACUCGUCGGCCAUUCCAGAGGCGGCUCGAGAGUUUGGUGUCAGCGAGGUUGUUGCCUCGCUCGGCACGGGCUUGUUCCUCGUCGGGUUCGGCGCCGGAGCACUAGUGGCCGGCCCCUUUUCAGAGACUGUGGGACGGAAUCCCGUCUACAUUGGCACCUUGAUACUCUACAUGAUCUUUAUCAUGGCCGCCGGCUUGGCCCCAAACCUGGGAGCAUGGCUGGCAUUCCGGUUCAUUGCGGGUGUCUUUGGUGCCACCCCGUUGGUGUGUGCCGGGGGUAGUCUUUCCGACCUUUGGCGGCCGAUGGAGCGCACAUGGUCUUUUCCCAUCUUUGCAAAUGCCUCUUUCACCGGUCCCGUGCUGGGUCCAGUCAUUGGUGGCUGGAUUGCUUCGUCGCCGCUUGUCAGUUGGCGAUGGACGGAAUGGAUCACGCUGAUUAUGUCGGGCCUUGUGCUGAGCAUUGUCAUUCUCUUCCAGCCCGAGACUUAUCCUCCUACUUUGCUGAAGUGGAAGGCAACCCACCUUCGCGACAUCACGGGAGAGGACCGGUAUCGCGCCGAGAUUGAAAUCAGAAAGGAAUCCUUCUUGCACCGGCUACAGCAUUCUCUGUGGCGCCCAUUUCUGCUGACAGCGCGCGAGCCGAUUAUCAUGCUGUUUGCUCUUUACCUGACAGUCGUCUAUAUCGUCCUCUUUGGAUUCUUGGACGGCUAUAACUAUGUGUUUGGAGAGACGUAUGGAGUCUCACAAGGAAUUACGGGCCUGUGUUUCCUGGGCAUUGUAGUCGGAAUCUUUUGCGCUUCGUUCAUGGUUCCUAUCAUAUACAGAUGGGCACAGAAUGACUUGCGCAAGAUCCAAGAGCAAGGGGGAGAUCGGCUGCCACCAGAGUUUAGACUGUGGUUCAGUAUGCUUGGCGGUGCGUUUGCGAUUCCAAUCUCUCUGUUCUGGAUGGGUUGGACUGCGAGACCAGACAUUUCAAUCUGGAGCCCAUUGAUAGCAGGUGUCCUGUUUGGUUACGGAAUCCUUUGCGUGUUCAUCACUAGUUAUCAGUAUAUCAUUGACUCGUACGAGUCAUACUCGGCUAGCGCUCUGGCCAGUGUUACGAUGAUAAGAUACAUGGCGAGUGGCGGUAUGAUACCUGCCUCGAUUCCCUUUUAUCGGAAUCUUGGGGUCGCGUACACUUGUACAAUUCUUGCAUGCAUCAGUGCAGCAAUGGUCCCGGUCCCGUACGUGUUCUACAAGUAUGGUCCUUGGAUUCGGUCCAAAAGCAAGUAUGCCAUAACUGGUACCACGAGCAAAGAGUAG